GUUACAAGUUGGGAGUUACCGUAGCAAAAUGCAACUCUUGACACUUUUGCUCUUGGGCUUGGCCUCGUACGCCGCCGGAAACUAUGUCCGGGUGUGUUAUCACACCAACUGGUCUCAGUAYAGACAAGGACCCGCCAAAUUCUGGCCCGAGGACAUUCCACCAGAGCUGUGUACCCAUCUGAUGUACUCUUUCGCCAAGAUUAACCARAACAAUGAGCUUGCCAUGUACGAGUGGAACGACGACAAGCUGUACCCCAGAUUCAAUGCCCUYAAGCAGAAAAACCCUUCCUUAAAGACUUUUAUCGCAGUYGGUGGCUGGAACCACGAAAACGCUAACAGUCCAUUUUCUCGCAUGGUCAAAACUGCAGCAACCAGGAAGGUUUUCAUCGACUCUGUGAUCAGAAUUCUUCGUCAGUGGGGUUUCGAUGGUCUUGAUCUGGACUGGGAAUACCCAGCAACUCGAGGCGGCUCUCCACCAGAGGACAAACAGAGGUUCACCGUCCUUUGCCAAGAACUCAUGAAUGCUUUCGUAGCUGAAGGUCAAUCAUCAGGACGUCCAAGACUUCUUCUCACCGCUGCCGUAUCUGCUGGAAAGAACACMAUCGACAAGGCAUACGAAGUCGCAAAGAUUGGCCAGAUCCUAGAUUUAAUUAACCUGAUGGCAUACGACUUAAGAGGGAAGUGGGAAUCAAACACUGGUCACCACACAGCCUUGGAAGGACCUCCAGGCGACAUCUUGACCGUCAAAUAUGCUACCCAGUACUGGAUCGACAAGGGUGCACCACCCAACAAAAUCGCUCUCGGACUCGGUACAUAUGGACGAUCAUUCAAGUUGGUUAAUGCCAAUGAAAACGGAAUUGGUGCUCCAGCCAAUGGCAAUCCCCCAAGAGGUGAAUACACUAGAGAGUCUGGUUUCCUUUCCUAUUACGAGAUCUGCAAGAUGAUGCCCAAGAUGACAAUUGUAAAGACCGAUAAUAGUGCAGUCAAAGCUCCUUAUGGAUAUCUCAAGCAGGAUUGGGCUAACGUGUGGGUAGGCUAUGACGAUGAGAGAAGCCUGUACCUCAAGGUAGAACAAGUUAUUAAGGCUAAAGGUCUUGCCGGAGCCAUGUUCUGGUCCCUUGCCCUGGAUGAUUUCAAAGGUCAAUUCUGCGGAAAGGGCAAAUAUCCUCUCAUGAAUGCAGUCAAGAAGUACCUUGGUGGAUACGUUCCUCCCAUWACACCAUCCGCAAGACCACCCUCACCAACCGCGACUGCUGGCCCCCUGCCACCAACUAAUGGUCCAACCAACCCUCCCACUCAGCCUCCCACUGAACCUCCGAUUCAGCCCCCAGUUGGUGGUCAGUGUGUGGCUAUUCCACCAUACAAUGGAGCAGGUAUGGAUGCUUGGUGUGCUGCUAACUGUGCUGUGGGUAACUGCCCUGCCACUCACUGCAAGUGCUCGUAAACAUUCAUCCAAACGGAAACACGUGAUCUGUAAUCAACGUUUCUGUAAUUCAGUUAAUKAUUGAUCCGUUAUUGACAAAUAAAAGCUAAAAACUGUAAAAUGAUAACCUGUUCUGAAUAAACUAUCUUUAACUAAAUUUAA